AUGGUAAAGGCCACGUUGAAAGUCUGGGCUUCUAUGCUCGCUGGCCUAAUUUCCUUCAAGGGCGUCCUAUCUCUUCCCACGCCCGAGAAGUCUUGUGAUAUCGAUCUCAGGGGGCUACUUACCGAUCCAGUUCACCAAUGGGCUUCUAAUACAACCAUUUCCUUCCCAAAUACUGUCGCUUUUGAAAACGCAACUGAGCGAUGGUCAAUCUUUAGUCCUCCAACAUAUAGCGCUGCUGUCAGCCCAGGAACAGAAGAAGAUGUCAAAAAAGUGGUCAAUCUUGCCAGGACUUAUGGCUUUCCGUUCUUGACCCGAGGUGGUGGUCAUGGGUACGCUGCGAGUCUUGGGGCCUUUAAAGAAGGGGUUUCCCUCGAUCUAAGCCACUGGAAAUCCAUUCAGGUCAACUCUUCUGCUCUUACCAUGACCGUUGGCCCUGGUGUCAUUUACAAUGACAUAUUUGACCCCUUGUAUGAUGCUGGAUUUCUCAUGCAAACCGGUAGUUGCUCAUGCCCUAGUGUAAUCGGCGUCGCCCUGGGAGGUGGUAUUGGCCGUAUGAUGGGUAAUCUUGGCUUGACUGCCGAUGCACUCCAGUCUGUGCGGCUGGUUGGAUCUGAUGGUAUUGUUAAAACGGUGUCAGAAACUUCUUAUCCAGACUUAUUUUGGGCCAUCCGUGGCGCCGGUGCCAACUUUGGCGUCAUCACUUCAGCAACUUUCAAUAUACAGCCAUUGGCCGAUUUCAACGACGGAAACGUGUUUAUGCUUGACUUCUAUCUCCCAGCAGAGAGUAGUCUGGAGUAUUUCAAAGUGAUUGAGACUCAUUACUCUCCGAUGCCUGUCAAUUUGGCUGCGGUUGUAGUCAACAACUGGAACAGCACUCUCAACAUUAGCCAAAUUGCGUCCGAUUGGAUUUUCUAUGGGACAGAAGCAGACGCUCGCAAGGUGCUCGCACCUAUUUUCGCACUCAACGCCUCAUUUGUCACUGCCACCCUUCCAUGGAACGAAAUAGUGUCUAUUGCAGGUGGUGGAUAUGACAAAUACAAUUGCGAGCCUAAUAAGCCCCGUUCUAGCUUUAGUUUGAACCAGAGGGACUAUAAUGCAACUGGCUGGCAGCAAGGCUUUGAGAUGAUAACGGAUUUCUUUGAAAAGAACCCUGGUGGUCGCUCUAGCCAGCUGAUGUUUGAGCUGUUUGCCAACGAGGCGACAGCCGCUGUGCCAGAAAAUGCCACCUGUUGGCCAUGGACAGAUGUUCGCGGCUUUAUCCAAGCUCAGUUUACAUGGACUACUGGAGACAUAGCCACGGAAGAGUCUGCGAACACCGUUGGAGCUCAAAUUCGGGGAGAACUCUCGAAGACGACAGGAUACGAUAGUCCCACAGUGUUCGUCAACUACGCUCGUGGAGACGAGACUAUUGAGGACAUCUAUAGCGCCACAAAGCUACCGCGUCUAGCGCAGCUCAAGAGGCAGUACGACCCUUUCAACCUUUUUGCAUAUUAUCAUCCUCUGCCGCUGGAAUACCCAUAA